CUGCUCUGACUUUAUGGAACUAAGCCGCUUCCCGCGAGCGACAGCUCCUGCCUCGGCCGAGGCGCUGCUCGGACCCGGGACGUCCCCGCCCAGCCGCCGAGGUUCCGGCCACCCGGGCGGCGCUGGCUUUCCGGAAGGGCGAGCGCGCGGGGCUGGAGCGCUGCUCCGGGCAGGUGGACGCGGUAAAUCAGGAAUCAUGGCAGCCGGUGAAGACAACAAACAGCAAGUUUUGAAGGAAUAUGCAGACGCAACAUUGGAGAACGCAGAAAUUGAGAGAUUAAUUGAUGAUAUUGCAAAGGAAAAUGCCCUGCUGAAGGAGGAGAUCCAAAAGUUUGAAGCUGAGUUGCAAGAGAACCCCGGAGACUUCCAGAUUAAAGAAGAUAUUCCUGGAACAAAGAUGAAAUUCGUAUCAGUAGAGAAUCCUGUGAAUGACAACCAGUUUUUAAAUGUUUCCUGUUCAUUUCAAGUGAAUCUGGAAGUUCCUUAUGAGCUACAAAAAGGACAAGCACUUGUCACAUUUGAACAGGAGGAAGUUGCCCAAAAUGUGAUAAGAAUGGGAAAUCAUUGUGUGCAGAUACAGGAUAUAAACAUGAAGGUUAAGGCCAAGCCGGUCCCAUUAAACUCAGGAGUCAGAUUCCAGGUUUGUGCAGAAAUUUCUAAAGUGAAGAUCAAUGUUAAUGGAAUUCCUGAUGAAUUGCCUGAAGAUCAGAUGCGGGAUAAACUAGAACUGAGUUUUUGUAAGACCCGAAAUGGAGGUGGAGAGGUGGAAAGUGUCAAGUAUGAUAAGCGGACCGGAAGUGCUGUCAUCACAUUUGUGGAAACUGGAGUUGCUGACAGGAUUUUGGAAAGGAAAGAUUAUCCUCUUUACACAAAUCUGAAGUGCCAUAGAGUGAUGGUUUCUCCAUACAUGGAAACACAUUUGAAAAAGUAUCAGGCGUUUUCAGGAGUAUCUAAGAGGACUGUGCUUCUGACUGGAAUGGAAAACAUUCAGAUGGAUGAAGAGAUUGUAGAGGACUUCAUUGGCAUUCACUUCCAACGGGAGAAAAAUGGAGGUGGAGAAGUCGAGGUGGUCAAGUGCGCGCUACAGCAACCUUACACAGCAUAUUUUGAAGAGUAGACUCAUAGAGUCAUAUGAAAAUUACAGCUCUGACCCAUCACUGUAAUAUUUGACAAAAACUAGUACUAUUUUCCUCAAAAAAGGAAAACUUUUAAUUCUUCAGUGUCUAUUGAUUCUUAGACACAAAGUAUAUUCCCAUGUAUUUGGCUCCUUCAUGGUAUCUAACUGUGCUGCAUGUUCUCAAAUGGAGUAAAUGCCCUGUAUUGAAAACAGUUUUGUUCCUCAAUUAUACAGAUGGUCUCCAGUCUGUUGAAAUCAACUUUAAGUGGCCUAGAAGUCCUUCUGCCUUUACCGGCUCAUUCUGCAUGGCCAUGUGGGCCAAUUGGGUUGUGAUCCCAUGCCCAGCUUGCAGACUUGAUGCUUAACAUUUUUAAAAAUGCAGUGACAUUUAGCAGUUCCUGGUUUCUAUGGACUUUACCAAAGAUUCAAGGCAUUUCACUCUGUAACUCUGAAGAUUCUCAGAGCUGAGUGUGGUUGUUUUCCUGAAGCUUGCCAACCAUCCCUUGACUGCUUUCAAGUAUCCUCUUCCAAAUAGAGCUUGUUAAGGCCUGUAUUUUCUUUUCUUUUACACUUUAAUGGAAAGAAUCAGAAGACUUUGAAAUAAAGAGAGAAGUAGUUCAUCA